AUGGCUAUCCGAAGUUGUAUAGUAGAAGGAGGAAGCACUGGAGAUGGAGCAAACGAUGAAAAGGCGAGAUUGGAGCGCCGCAAUAAACUGGGCGCGAAAAUAUUGAAAGCAAAACUUCAAAACAAAAUGGAUCUGGUUGAAAAAUUAGAGAAAGAGCUGCAGGCUUUUGACGAAGGAUGUGAUCAGGGUCCCUCUUCAACAACUACCAAAAUUUUAUAUCGAAGUGAUAGGGGCGAUGUGCAAAUGCCAGCAGUACUGAAGAAAAACAGUGAAGCUAAGGAUACGGAAGCUCGCGGAAGAAUUGAUUCAGCUUAUCGGGCUGACAAAAGCAUUCGUGAUAUGGUUGCCGAAGAAAAAGCGACUACAUCCAGCGAUCGCAUGCUGAAUAUUGCAAUGAAUGCAGCAAAACAUCGCGUUGACGAUGAUUGGGUGGUUGAUGAUGCGAUGAUGUCGGUGAAGCGAUCGCGCAAAGCAGAGGAAAAAGAGGACCGUAAAAUUCGAAGUGAUCUUAUACGAGGUUGGUUAAUUUACUUUUUCUUCGGUGCCUGCUUAAAUCGUGGAAAAGGGGAAUUUCUCCGAUCCUCUGACCACAACUUUUUUAAUGACCUGACCUAA